AUGACAACUCAAUCGGCUCAACAAGACCUCUUACCUGAAACUGACCCCAAUCUUAUCAUCCGAGCCUCAAACGCUGAGAAAUGGAAGGCCAAACUAAUAGCUGAAAGAGAAGCUAGAAUAGCGACAGCCAAGGCAAACACAGAGGCUUGCAAAUCGCAGGGCAACCCCGCAGCGUCCAAACCCUCCCCACCUCCCAAGACCGAGGCUUCUCCACCUUCUAGCAAAGCAAUGUCAACCCCACUGCCAUCCUCGUCAAAACUGGGCGAAACAGCCAAGGAAGGAGGAAAGUCAUCUACUACCAAUCCGACUGCCAAGACAGAGACAAUCUCAUCCACGGGUCCCACUACGCUCACCUACGACAAUGUCCCGUUGGACCAAUUCAUGAGAUUUGUCAUGAAAACUCAACAUCAGUCUUUAUUGAGUGCCGAAGCGGAUCGCGUUGCGGCUUCCGAACGGAUCAAUGUCCUAGAACAAGCUGUCCUUAAAAUGUCAACUGCGGCCGGGCAGCUGUCACAAGCUACAACACCAGGUCCUGGGAGAGUUGAUCUCCAGAAAUUCAGACUAUCGGACGGACCUGUUUUUCGUGGGCCUUUUGGCAAAAUCAAACCAUUCUUGAAGUGGAUACGAGGUAUUCAGAUCUUUUUCUCAACAAAGGAAGUGACCCACGCAGAGGACAAAGUCCGAAUUGUGGGGAGCCUGAUUGAGGAGACCAAUUUACUGGCAUUCUAUCAUAACGGAUUGGAGACCUACAUCGGCGGGACUUGGAAAGAAUUCAAGACAGCUCUAUUUGAUUUUGCACUGCCUCCUCGCUGGCGCACCGACCUCAAAGAACAGAUCCAACACCUACAGAUGCUUGACUCGGAAUCGUUCUUAGCUUAUAGUACUCGAGCACGAACACUACAAAGGGGGAUCACCGAUCUUGAAUUGGCCCAAUUCGUGACCUUUGGGACAGCGGGUGCACUGCGUGGAAAAAUUGAUGACUUCAAAUUACUAGAACGGGUAUCUUUUGUGUAUGCUACAUUCGAAAAGAAAGCAUCCGGUUAUCACAAGAACUUGAAGGGGCUCUGCCACUUUUGCAAGAAGGCCUGUGGAAGCAAUCCCGGUACCUGUCCUGGACCACUUGACAGAUCAAUUGUCCCCAUACCACCAUCCUUUGUUGCCCCACCCAAACCGCUAGACUACAAGCGCCCAAAACCUCGAAAUGGUUCCCAAUCUCAAGCUGGUAAGCCCACUCAUCCACCAGCAGGCCGCCCUCCUACUAAAGUGGCAGCAGUUGCAGCACUAGCGGAAGACAAGAUGUAUGCUGCUCUUGACAAAGCAGCAGUGUCAGCAAUUCAAGUAUUGGAUGACGAACUGGAGCUUGCAAGGACCGAGAAAACAUUGGAAGCGGCGAUCAAUAAGGAGGCCAGAGUGGCAGCAGUUCAAGUGUCAGAAGAGAAUUUUUUUCCUGAACUUGACCGGGCAGCGGUUGAUGCACUCGAGGAACUGGACCAACACCUGGCGACUUUAAGGGGCAAUGGGUCUGGGGAAAUCUUGGCGGAUGAGGCCAGACUUCUGGCAAACUCCCCGCCCCUACCAGAACUAUAG